AUGUGGAGGUGGUUCUUAAUUGUAGUGGGCCAUCUGUGUCAUGCCAGGAGGAUACCCGAUAUCUACUGGAAUUCUUCGAGUCCAAUGUAGGUUCUUUCUUCGUGCUUUCAUUUUUAUUUUUAUUUUUUAAUUAUUUUUUGUCCAAGGUUUGAGGGGAUAUCCCGGGUCCUUAUCCACUCUCAGCUGACAGUUUCUUCUGAUCUCGAUCCACUUUUUCCCAUCGAAUCAAAGCUUUUUAUUGUUAAAACGUGGAGGUCACUUUCCUUCAUUCCUUUCAGUUGUUUUCUUUCAUUUUUUGCCACCUUAACCCACAAAAAACGAUUCGAGAAAUAUUGACGCUAAAGGUUGGCGAACAUUUUGGAUCGAGGAUUAACCUGCUCUGCGCGGCUCUCCCUUUUUUCUCCUUUUAUGGCAUUUAAGUGGGCUGACAUGAGUACAUUCGGAAGCCCAAAGAAACGCAAGGAUCCUUCUGUCGGCACAGUUUAAAUCAUCAAUGUUGUGUCAUCAGAUGCCUUCUACAAUAACAAAGAUUGUUUCAUUUCUCCACUUGACACCUUCUCGUUUUAGUAAUCACCAUUUGAAGUGCAAUUUCCUCUUCGAUUACGCAACUCUCAUAAAGCGCUCGAAUUACCCAAAACUGUCUCUUUUCCCAUCCUUUUCCUCCGUCUAAUGAAGCCGCACCCUGCGGCUGACAACCGGACCGUUACUGAGUAAUUAGCUCUCGAUCGGCUAGGGCUGCUUAAUAAACCAGAACGCAAACAAAUUAGUGUUUUUAUUUCGAUUAGUUAGAGACCCUGGGAUUAGCCAAAAACAAAACUUUUUUGUCUUGUCCGAUCAGAAAACGAUUAUAAAAAUUUUGUUCCGUCUUCCUUUGGGCGGAUUAUGAGUCGAUUUUCCUAUCAGAAUUGAUUCAUAAAUGAGCUACUCCCUAAUGAAAAUCAUUGAGAAAAAACUUAUUUUGUUGGGACGGAACUUAUGAAUCUGUUCCUUUUAAUCAUCAAAAUUUAUAUAUUCCAGUCACAUGGCUCAAGUCAAGACAAGUUUGCCAUUUCAGUUUCGACAUCAGCAACACCGACCACGUCAAAACGGUCCAUCUGCUGGACCGGGUCACCAUUAUCUGUCCCCAUCCCACAUCGCCCGAUCUCUACGAAUAUUCCAAAUUAUAUGUGGUGAGUUUUGGUCUUGCAGCUGGCCUUAAUUAAGUGCGGACAUUGUCCACAAUCACGAUUUAUAAAGGCCGAGAUAGCGGCCAUCUCCUCGGCCCAGUAAUUGGAUUCCGAGGCGCCGGAAACGACGUCGGGAGUCUGUUUCUUGAUUCCGAGGGAUCCGCUGAAUCCGCUUCGUUUUUUGCUUAUCCUAUUCGUUCUCGUGCUCUCGACCUCGGCAUAGCGACUAGAGGAAGGGGAAUUAUCCUCAGCGAGGUCGUCCCUUACACGCAGAAUUAAAGAUAAACGCCGGGAAAUGGGAUUAUCGUGCACAAUCAACUUGUUAAAUAUUUCAAAAAUCCCUACAAAUAUGUGGUCUGAAAAGGGAGGUGACGUCUGUGAAAUGUGACCUAGAAGUGUCAUUCAAAAUCUAUUGUGAACUUGUCAUCUUGCAGGUGAGCAGAUCCGAAUACGAUGCCUGUGAACUGCGGAAUCCCCGGCUUCUCGGGUCGUGUGCCACCGCCGACCAACAGUCAUCGAUCUCGGUGGUUUUCAGGGAUUUCUCACCCAUUCCCGGAGCCUUGGAGUUCCAGUCCGGACAAAGUUACUAUGUGAUCGGUAGGUUCUUUUGAUCCCGUCAUCCAUUCUCAUCUGCAGCGACGUCCGAUGGCUCCAGUGAAGGCAUCAAUCGGACCCUGGGAGGCCUCUGCUCCACCAAGAAUAUGAAACUCAAGUUCGAAGUCCUGCAGCCAGGUGGGAUAUCUAAUCUCUCGGAUCCAAACCUUUUCCAAGACACCUAUUGAAAAAAUUACCAAAUUCUUUUCAGAUUUGGCCCCAAAGGAUUCGGAGUCAUUAACUCGAGUCCGCGACCUCAGUCCGAAUAUGCCGUCCAGGUGAGGUCAAGGCUGCUGUAGGCACAAGGGACAACUUUGAUUUCAUAAAAUGAGUGUAAUUAUUUUAGCGAAACAACUCCGGCGUCCACUCUGACCUCAUCCAUCACGUAUGUCAUCCACACGGUAGAGCCCGAGGUGGUUGCCUCCAUGCACACCAGUGCCAGUGCCUCGGCAUCUCUCUCUUUGAUAGCCAUAGUCCAUCCCUUCCUCCGAGUUACCGGUUUCCUGUGA